AUAAAAAGUGCUUAGAGAAAUUCUACAAAAAUAUAUAUUUCUAUAGAAAAUUUUAAGAAAGAUCUAUUAUCCCCAAAUUCUAAAUACAAAAUGUCUAUAACAAAACCAAACAGCAUUACUUUAUCGUCACCGUGAUGUGUUAAUAUGUGGAGCUUUUCUGCUCCUUCCACAUUAUCCAAGGCUUAACUGAAGAAACUGUGAUUUUUGAGUUCAGUAGCUGCCUACAUCUCUGAAAGCACAAACACACCUUCAUCAAAAAAACUCUAAUACAACAUUUAAUCUCUUCUGGGAUGUAAUACUUACUCUUUUGGGUGGGUACUUGUAAAUCCUGCUCAAUUUAGUUGGAAAGUAAUGAUGUGUGGCAUUUCAUCUCGCUUGUUUCUGGCUCUGUCACUUGAUAUUUAUUGAAGAAAAGUUUCAGGAAAGAGAAAGAGAUGAAGAAUUAAGUAUAAGAAAGCAAUAUAAUUAAUUAGAAGAAAAUUUUCAUGUUUCCUGGAUAGAGGUAGCAGAUAGAAAUCCUGGUAAAGGAUAGAAAUUGCUUUUUUCAUCUCCUUUCUCUUCUGACCUGUGCAAAACUGUAACUUGCCAGGACUGUAGGUUUGGAUACCAAGGGAUUAAGGCACAAAUGAGGCCAGGUAUUCAUAGAAUCAUAGAAUUGUUUGGGUUGGAAGGGACCUUAAAGAUCAUGUAGUUCCAACCGCUCCGUGAUGGACAGGAACACCUCCCACUAGAGUAUUGGUUAUUGGUUAUUGCCAAAAGCCACUUAACUGUUCAUUACAAGAGAAAGAGAAAAGGGGAAAAGAGAGAAGAAGAACGGUGAGAGAGUGCACAAGAGAAUAAGAGUCACCGCCUGGGUUCUGCGAUCUCCUGGGUCCAUCUCGUAGGAGCUGGGGCUGGUCGGCUCCUGAAGAAGGGCAGUAGCCCCUGCAGGGUCAGCGUCCUUUUACAGCAUCCCUGCUGUGGGUGCCAUCCAACCUGUUGUUGAGCUGGACGGUUUGAUCUGGGGCCAUCCUAUCCACUCCCAGGUCAGGUUUAGAAGGUCCAGUGAGGUGACAGCACGUGGCUAUCACGUGCAGGCCAUGAGCUCACAGUCCACACACCCCUCACUGCCCAGUCUGUGAGUCAGAGCUUGUCCAUCCGCCGUUUUGUGCCCCAAGCAAAGCAGCUGCAGAUACACAGAUUUUAUUACCUAGCUGUCUUCUUUGUGCCACUGUUAUAGCAUUUUAGAAUCUUAUUUUCUCUUUGAGCACCACCAAACGCGAAGUUUGAGCCAAAUGUAAGAUCCCACGGUCAUACACCCAACCCCCAAAAUAAAAGCACAUUUUGGUAUUUCCUCACCUCUUGAUAUCAGCUUUAUUCUUGCAUUAGAAUAGGAGUUUGGAGCCAUCAGCUAGCAGAGUCAGCUUGAACAUUUUCCUUUUCCAUACAACAUCCCUGCUGAUGUUUCAGGCCUGGUUUUGCAGCAAACCUCACCAUUUCACUCUAAGAGUAUUUGAAAUUCCAUCACUCAAUUUCUGGUCAUCACCUAGAAGAAACAGUGGAUUUUUGCCUGAUUAAUUAUCAGAAGAGCACUUUCUCUUGACUCAGUUCCUCCGUCACUGUCAUUGUUUUUAAGAAGCAGCACAGGCUGAAGGUAGUGUAUCUUCACAAAGAUGCAAUAGGAUACAUUUGCUUGUUGAACAAAUUAUGGUGGAUUAUCGUGGUUUUGCAAUCUAAUGCACUGACAAUGGGAUGACAAAGGUUUUGAGCAUUGCUGCAGUCUGUUCUCCAUGCAGUAACAUCAGAAUUUUGUGCUUUUGAGAGUGUUGCAGUCUUCCUGGCCAGCUCAUUCUCCUUCUUAGCACACUGGAAGCCACGUAGGAGGCAAUUUGCCACCUAAUACCUACCUUUGAAAGCUUAAAGCACUCAACUGAUACAUCUCCCCACAGCCUGCUUUGUCUCAGCCUGUGGGGUUAACAGCUUUGCUUAAUAAAAAAAGCUGUGUCCUGAAAAAAAAAAAAGCCUUUUGUUUUAAAUAACAAACUGUGUUUUGUUAGAAGAUAUGAAUGGUCCAGAGCAAACAGUCUACAAUUCAUCACGUACCGAACCGUUCCAGCAGGAACACACUAAUCCCAAUCAUUACAGAGCUAAUGAUGCAUUUUGGAGCGACUACGUGGAGGAGGAGAGGUGGUUGUGGAAUGUUAAACCAAGAGGUGGGGGAGUAUAAUGUACUGACAGAUUUCUCAGGAAGCAGAACCUCCAGCUACAUUUUGAUUGUUCUUUUGAAUUCAGGAUUUUGUGUCUGAACGCCUGGUAUUUGCGGCAAACUAAAUACUCUUAUUGUUUAUGGAAAUUGUUUUGGUUGUUCCCCAUCCCUUUUUCAAAUUAUCUCUUUGAAAUGCAACUAUUUUCAUCAGGCGGCGGAACAAUUUGUCCCAAACAGACUCAGUUCCUAUAGAACGGAGCAGCCCCGGGGAUCGCUGGCAGCAGCGCCUUCAUUGUUAGUUACUAUGGAGACAGCGCAGCCCAUGCUGACUGGAGCGUACAGAAGGAUGCCCAGUUCUCCGUAACUUCAGCGCUGAGCAGCGUGGAUUUCCUCCCAGUGCCUCCCCAGCAGCGUUCCUCCACGGGAGCUCAGGCUGCUCGGCCAUGCAGGGCUCACCCCGCAGGCGUUCGGCAGUGAGUUUGUUUAGCAACUUUUUCCAGGGUCGGAGGCAUUCUUCCUCCGAUCCCCUUCUUCGUGUAAUCCAAAGGCGCCGGAGCUCAGCUGUAGAGGUGCUCUCAUCAUCGACUCACCGGGUUAUGGUGGCGGUUUCGUCUCUGAGCCCUGAGGAGCUGGAUGCGACUUUUCCUGAAAAAAAAAGAAGUUCGAGGCGUCCGACAGCUAAAUACACAAAAGUAGGAGAGCGCCUCCGGCAUGUCAUCCCCGGCCCCAUGCAGUGCUCUAUGGCAUGUGGUGGGCGCGCCUGCAAGUACGAGAACCCAGCGCGGUGGAGUGACCAGGAACAAGCCAUCAAAGGGCUCUAUUCCUCUUGGAUAACAGACAACAUCCUGGCUAUGGCUCGACCCUCAACAGAAUUAAUAGAAAAAUACCACAUUAUUGAGCAGUUUGAAAGAUGUGGCAUAAAAACUGUAAUUAACCUUCAGCGUCCUGGGGAGCAUGCGAGCUGUGGGAAUCCGCUGGAACAAGAAAGUGGCUUCACCUACCUUCCUGAAGCUUUUAUGGAGGCUGGAAUUUAUUUUUAUAACUUUGGAUGGAAGGAUUAUGGAGUGGCUUCCCUGACAACCAUACUGGAUAUGGUCAAAGUUGUGGCGUUCGCGCUGCAGGAAGGGAGGGUGGCGGUACACUGCCAUGCUGGGCUUGGUCGGACAGGCGUUCUCAUAGCUUGCUACUUAGUUUUCGCAACACGAAUGAGUGCUGAUCAAGCGAUUCUUUUUGUCAGAGCAAAAAGGCCCAAUUCCAUCCAGACCAGAGGGCAGCUGUUAUGCAUCAGAGAAUUCACACAGUUCUUGGUUCCUUUGAGAAACGUGUUCGCCUGCUGUGAGCCCAAGGCCCACACGGUGACGCUGUCCCAGUACCUGACCCGUCAGAGGCACCUGCUCCACGGUUACGAGAGCCGACAUCUCAAACACGUGCCAAAACUUAUUCAUCUGGUUUGCAAACUGUUGCUGGACUUGGCUGAGAACAGGCAAGUGAUAGAAGCGGAAUUGUUGGAUAUACCGGAUCUCUCGGCGGAAAUCGAAAAGACCGUUUCGCAGUUCAUGUCCACGCAGCGGGAUGGAGGACUGGCGCGGCAGGACAGCAACACCUCGGAGUCCUCUCACAGCCACUCCACUUCCGAGGCCCAGGAUUCUCUUGUCUCCUUAGGACAUGAAUGUGAUCCGCUUUGGAAAAGAAGGAACGUUGAAUGCCUUCAGCCUCUCACUCAUCUAAAAAGGCGGCUGAGCUAUAGUGACUCAGAUUUAAGGAGAACUGAGUUUCUCUUAGAACAGGGAGAAACCGUGUGGACGGUACCUGCACAGAUACUGCAGUGCAACAAACCUCAGCAGGACAGCAGUGAGGAAGGUUCUGCCACAGGUGAGCAAAAGCCACAAUUGGACUUAAACAAAGAAGCAUUAGUGCAUAAUACAUGCAUGUUCUGGAGUCAAGGGAAAUUUAAUUUGGAUGAACGGAAAGAUGGAUCCUCCCUUUAUCACAGAAGGAACUCUACCAAAGAAGUACAGCGCAGCAGGACCUACUCUUCAGGGCUAGCGUCUCUCCACAAUGCCAGGGAGCCGGAAACGCCAAGACAGGAAUUUACCAAUGAGAUUGGUCAUAGGAAUGACCGUAAGACUUAUACAUAUAGCAGAAGAGCCUAUGUCUCCGAGGACUCCGACUCUUCUUCUUCUUCUAAAGUGAACUUUUCCAUUGGAUAUGAAAGCAAAGAUGUGUCAGAGACAAUUCCACACAUUGUUCUGCAGUCAGAAUUAAGUUUGGAAGCCCGAAGGGUAUUGGCAGCAAAAGCACUUGCAGAUAUAAAUGAAUUUCUGGGAGAGGACGAAGUGAAGCAGAAGGUAGAGAUGUGGCAGAACUGAAUUCUCGAGACGGAGCUUGGGAUAAAGUCUGUACCGAGAGAGAUCCUUUUAUCCUCUGUAGCUUGAUGUGGUCCUGGAUAGAGCAGCUGAAGGAACCUAUUAUAUCCAAAGAUGAUAUUGACCUCCUAGCCAA